AUGACCCAACAACUUCUCCAGGGGACUGCUGGAAUGAUACCAAUGGGCGAUCGCGGCAACCUUGCAAACUGUGAAACCACAGGACCAGGAAGGAGCGAUCCAACCUAUGAUCAUACAGAAACGUGCUCUGAUAUGAGCAUUUCAUUGUCAGAGAGUGAUUUUCAGAGAAAAGAUCAAGCUUUGUCAAUGCCAGAGCAUGGAGGCACCAACUCUGAAGCCUCGGAUGCUGUUGGAAGUGCAUCGGCAGAGAAACCAACUGUUGAUGCCGAUCACGAUGAGGUAACAUCGGCUCCUGGUCCGUAUCAUUUGCCGGGGAAUGCAUCAGAGGCAGGCAGACAGGCAGCUGGAGUUCACUAUUGGAUGAUGGAAGACUCACCACUCCUGGAGGACGGAGAGCUGAGCGAUGCACCACCGGCGGGCAGGCCUGCAGCUGGCAUCCAUCAUCAACCGACGGAACACAGCAGCCAGCAGCAGCACACCGGAGCUGCCUCCUGGUGUGGGCAGCCAGACCACUCGCCGCCUGUGGCCCGGCAUAAUGCCAGAACUCUGCCACCAAGAAACACCUUCCCUGGACUGCGCUUGCGGCAAGGAUGCAACACCUCUCGUCGGUUCCCGUCCCAAGGCAUGGGCCAUCAGGCCGUCCAUCAAGGGCCAUCAAAUGCUUGGAUCGAGGAUGAAGACUAUUAA